AUGACAAUGAAAUAUCGUGAAAAAUCGCAACGUGAUGUUGUUGAUCCUCCUCGCCCUUCUCCUCAUAGCAAUAACAACAAAUAUCCAUCAGAUGAGUAUUUUGAAGUCAAUGGACGUGAAAAAGAUCAAUACAAACAUAAUAUUACUAACAAUAGUAUUGAUCUUCAACGCAAUAUUGGCCAUUCAAGAGAUACUUCAUACACUUCAUCAAAUAGAAGUUCAAUUUACGAAGAUCAUCAUCUUAUUCAACUUCAACAACAGCAUCGUAAUCAACCCUCACCACCUUCUCACUUGGAUGCAUUUCGUCACAGGAAUAGUUUCAGUUCUAAUAGUUCUAUAUCAACACCAAGCACCCCUGUAAGUCCAAAUUUUUGGUGUAAUAAUAGUAAUCAUUUAACAAAUGUAUCGAGUCCGUUGAGUCCAUCUAGAAAUAAAUUUCAUCCUGAGGAUGAUGGAUAUUAUUAUGAUGAUGUUGCUAAUAAAAUUAGUAAACAUCAACAACCUUACGUUAGUAGUAAAGGUUAUAUUAGCAAUAAUGGUGUCGUCGGUGGCGGUGAUCCUUACAAUGCAUACAAUAACAAUAGUUCAAGGCAUUCUGCAUCUUCAACACCCCGUUCCUACAGCUCGUUAUACUCGACGCCGACACCAAGAUCAACAAGUCCUACACGUGAUUCAUACAAUAACAAGAAAUAUAGUCAUCAUCGUAUGAUCUCAUCUCCUACAAUGUCACCGACAUACUCUUCUCGACCACCAUCACGUGCAACCAGUGUUAGCAGUCAUGCUACAUCGAUAGAAGAAGAAUCUGCGAUAUUAACUGAUAUUUUAAAGGAAGCUGACAAUGCUACACUUAAAAGUUUAACUGAUCAAAUGACGAGUGUGUUUAGUCGACGUGAUUAUAGCAGCAGUGGUGGUACGAAAAACACAAAAUUACCAGCUGGUAGCACGAAUAGUAAAAGGUUACCUACUUCAAAUAAUAAUAUUAAUGGUAGAGCUACACCAUCUUCAAAUAAUAUUAACGGUAGAGCUACACCAUCAUCAAGAAAUCCAAAAAGUAAUAUUAUGGUUAGUAGUAAUAAUAAAAGUAGUUAUAAUAAAAGCAAUUCGGCUCCUAGUACACCUGGGUUUAAUGCCAGUAAAAGUAAAGGUCAUAAAAAGCCAUCUUCUGCAUCUUCAAUAUCUUCGAUAACUUCAUAUCGUGGUGAUAUAAGAUCAGGUGCUUCAACUCCUAGUACCGGUACAAAUUUCUCCGCUGCAAGAGAGGCAUUGGCAAGAGCUAGGUUACAGGUUGAACAGAUGUUGGAAAUUGUUGAUAAUGGUGUUUUGGAAAAUUGGAAAGAUGAAAUAGCUGGCGAAAUAGUUGAUGAUAAAUAA